GAAAUGUGACUCCAACAAUUUUUAAUAUUUUGUGAUGAGUAGUAGUUGAACAGUCUAUUUCUCUCAAGUGGGUUCUUUCUUAAAUAAUCUAAAGUUGAACGUUUUGUUUCUUAUUAUUGCCACUUUCACUUGCAUUUCUUCUCAAUCAGUCAUGGGUUUUCGCUAAUCGGUUGUUUACAGCAUUCUCUUCAUGCUCCAUUUCAUGUCUGGUUCGAUUCAAUGAACUCUCUUGUUUCUAGGAUGAUGGGUCUUCGCUAAAAAUCUCUGUGUGGGUUUUUGAGAUUUCCAUUUCUUCAUGUUAUUUUCAUUUCUGAAACUCGGACCAUGUAAAGUCCAUCUUUGCGUUCUUUCUUCUUUCUUGUUUUGGUUAAUGUUGUUUGUCAAACCAGCUGUUUCAUCUUAUGUAAGGAAAUAGGUGAAAUGGUGGGUAUCAGGCUUGUUCAAAUCAAACGUUAGUUUGAGAUCUUGGAUGAUGAUGAUGAUGGAAUUACUUCGUUAGCUCUACUCACCCAGUUCCAUUAAACAUUAAUGGGAUAUUAUAAGUAAUCAUACAAGUUUUACCCAAUUCUUAUUAGUCUUUCCUAACUCUAUUCUAUUCUAAUCUAAUCAUUUCAUUCAUUCUUUUUAAAUGUAAAAGUCUCUUAAAGAUCAUCAAACCAUGAUGAACCCCUUUUGGGUUCAAUACACAAUUGAUAGUCAAUUGUUCAUUACUGUCUUUCUUUAAAUCUUCCAUGUGUAUCUAGAAAAUCCUAUCGUGUUCAUUGAAUUCAAAAAGGAAAAGACAUUAGUUAGUAUGGAAGAAACUUUUGUUCCUUUUCGUGGUAUUAAAAACGAUCUGAAAGGAAGGUUAUUAUGCUACAAACAAGACUGGACUGGUGGAUUACGUGCUGGGAUCAGGAUUCUAGCUCCAACAACAUACAUAUUCUUUGCUUCUGCAAUUCCAGUUAUAUCCUUUGGGGAGCAACUUGAAAGAACAACAGAUGGAAGUAUUACUGCAGUCCAGACACUUGCAUCAACUUCAAUUUGUGGAAUUAUUCAUUCCAUUGUUGGAGGACAGCCACUUCUUAUACUCGGGGUUGCUGAGCCGACUGUUUUGAUGUAUACAUUCAUGUUCAACUUUGCUAAGGAUCGAAAAGAUUUGGGACAGAAAUUUUUCCUAGCAUGGACAGGAUGGGUUUGUGUCUGGACAGCGCUCUUGCUUUUCCUUUUCGCGGUUUUGGGUGCAUGCUCUAUAAUCAAUAGAUUUACGCGUUUGGCUGGCGAAUUAUUUGGCCUUUUGAUUGCCAUGCUUUUUAUGCAGCAGGCCAUUCGGGGAAUAGUCGAGGAGUUUGGAAUCCCACAAAGAGAAAAUCCUAAUCAGACUGCACUCGAGCCUUCAUGGCGUUUUGGAAAUGGAAUGUUCGCAAUGGUUCUUUCUUUUGGUCUUCUUUUCACAGCCUUAAGAAGCCGUAAGGCCAGGUCCUGGCGAUAUGGGACAGGUUGGCUUCGAGGAUUUAUUGCUGAUUAUGGUGUUCCACUUAUGGUUCUUGUUUGGACUGCUAUAUCUUAUGUACCGGUUAAUAGUGUUCCAAAAGGAAUUCCUAGGCGGCUUUUUAGUCCAAAUCCAUGGUCUCCUGGUGCAUACUCGAAUUGGACAGUCGUAAAGGAAAUGCUUAGUGUACCUCCAAUGUACAUUUUAGGAGCAUUUAUUCCAGCUACUAUGAUUGCGGUUCUUUACUAUUUUGAUCAUAGUGUCGCGUCUCAACUUGCUCAACAAAAAGAGUUCAAUCUGAAGAAACCACCUUCUUAUCAUUAUGAUCUCCUUCUAUUGGGAUUCCUGGUUAUAUUAUGUGGAUUAAUUGGAAUUCCUCCUUCUAAUGGAGUUAUUCCUCAAUCUCCAAUGCACACCAAGAGUUUAGCCACUCUGAAACAUCAGCUUUUACGUAACAAGCUUGUAUCGACGGCUAAGAAAAGUAUGAGAAGAAAUGCAAACCUCGGACAGCUUUAUCAGAACAUGCAAGACGCCUAUAAUGAAUUGCAGACUCCACUUGUUUAUCAAGUCCCUGCUUUAGGUUUGAGAGAGCUGAAAGAAACAACCCUUCUACGAGCGUCGAGUUCUGGCUACAUCGAUGCCCCGGUUGAUGAGACUGUGUUUGAUAUUCAUAAGGAUGUUGAUGAUCUUUUACCUGUUGAAGUAAAAGAACAAAGAUUAAGUAAUCUUCUUCAAGCUUUGAUGAUUGCUGCGUGUCUUCCCGCCAUGCCUAUUUUAAAAAAGAUCCCCACUUCGGUUCUAUGGGGAUAUUUCGCUUUCAUGGCAAUCGAAAGCUUGCCCGGAAAUCAAUUUUGGGAAAGAAUCUUGUUACUUUUCACUGCUCCAACUCGAAGAUACAAGGUGCUACGGGAGUAUCAUGCAACAUUCGUCGAAACAGUUCCAUUCACAGCCAUUGCGCUAUUCACGGUGUUUCAAACCGUUUACUUAUUGGGUUGUUUUGGCAUAACUUGGAUUCCAUUAGCGGGAGUGCUCUUCCCGUUGUUGAUCAUGCUUCUCGUACCCGUUCGUCAAUAUUUGCUACCGAAAUUCUUCAAAGGGGCACACCUUCAAGAUUUGGACGCUGCAGAAUACGAAGAAGCGCCAACUGCCAUGUCAUCAUCGUACAACAUGUCAGCCCAUGUUGUUGAUGGUGCGGAGAUUCUCGACGAGAUCAUAACUAGAAGUCGAGGUGAGAUUCGACAUCCUCAAAGUCCGAGAUUGGUUACAAGUUCAACCGAAGAAAAUGUGAAGAGGCCUCGGUUUGAAGGACAUGAUGGGGCGGAAUGUAGCUCGAAGCUAAAGAUGGAGAGAAGCCCAACAAUGCCCGAGAAAUUAGGAGUUGGCGUGAUAAAGAAAACUCCAAGUCCAAGGACGAGGCAAAUAGAAUUAGAGGCAAAGACCGAUAUGCUACCAAUAACGUAAACUCCUUUUCAAUUCAAUGUUUUUUUCUUCUUAUUAGAACUUUUAGUAUCGCAUCUCAUUUUGUUCGAGCUAGAAGUAAAAUGAGUAAAUGAAUGAGAUUGUCAUCAA